AUGCCUCACACCGACCGUCCUUACAGGCCCAAGGCCGAGGCCCUGGAAAAGCCGCUGGCGCGGAUCCGAGCCAGCGUCGCGCCGCCCGAGAAGAAGCAGAAGCGCAAGAAGGGGCAGCAGGGCGCGCCGCCCGAGGAGACGCAGCAGCAGGCGGAGCGGCCGGCGGCCGAGGCGCUCGUCAUUGAGCUGUACGAGGAUGCCGAAGGCACCAGGGCGAUCGACCCGUCGACGGCCAACGCAGACGCGUGGCUGGCGGGCAGCCUGCUGCGGGUCGGCCCAGACCUGUUUGAGGUGUGUAUCAACCCCCCAACAGUUGAGACGCUGACGCUGCAGGCCUUCCCCCUGGUGGGCUACCCGCUGCUGCCCGCCGCCCAGCUCGCCUUCGCAGAUGCAGACGCCUGCCGCUGGCGCUGGCUGCGGCGGCGCGCAGGGGGCGGGGACUGGGAGCCGGUGGGCGGCGUUGGCGGCGGCGGCGCCUGCUACGCGCCGGCGGAGGAGGACGAGGGCUGCAUGUUGCGUGUGGAGUGCACGCCCGCCCGCGACGGCGGCGGCGGCGGCGGCAAUGGCGGCGGCGGAGCGGCGGCGCUGGGGGAGCCGGUGUCGGCGGACUGCGGCCCCGUGCUGUUUGACUACUGCCCCACCCCCCUGCUGGACAACAACUACCGGCGCCAGCUCGUGCUGGAGGAGGUCGUGGCUUACCAGGUGGGGGGGGGGGGGCGGCAGCGGUGA